AACACCUUGAUUAUAGAUUUGUUAAACAAAGAAGAAAUGUCCACACCUUAAACCAUAAUUUUAGAAUUUUCUUCUCUACCACUUGUGUCAUUUUUGUUGAAAUUUCUUUUGUACUUGAGUAGAAAAAUAUCUAGGCAGAAACUGGUACAAUUUUUGCUUCAGGACAAACUGCAAUUAUUAGCAAGGAGAAAAAUAGUUACGUACCUAAAAUUCGGAUCACAAUCACAUUUCUACUGUACAGUUGGCGAUAUUCUUUGGUUAAAUACCCUCUCUUCUUUCAUAUUUUCCAAUCUCGACUUCCCCAGAGCUUCUGGUAGCGCUUCCAGUAGCACAGCCGAGACAGUGACUGAUAAAGGCAGAGAAAGGGAGGGAGAAUGGAGAAAGAAACCAUGGAAAUUAAAGAAAAAACAAGUUCUGCGAAUGAAGAAGAAACUGAGAUCAAUUACAGAGGAAUUAAGGCCAUGCCUUUCAUUAUAGGGAAUGAGACCUUUGAAAAGCUUGGAGCCAUUGGCACCCUACACAACCUGCAAGUUUAUUUAACUACUGUUUUCAACAUGAAAAGAAUUACUGCAACAACUCUCAUUAAUGUCUUCAAUGGUACCACAAAUUUUGCUACCUUACUUGGAGCUUAUUUUUGUGAUACUUAUUUCGGUCGAUACAACACGCUCGGAUUUGGCUCGAUUGCCUCCUUUCUGGGAUUGCUGCUGAUAACUUUUACAGCAGUUUUUAAAAAGUUACAUCCACCCCAUUGUGGAGAAGACGAUAGUCGAUGUAUAGGACCGACGCCGGGCCAAAUGGCCUUUUUGUUAACUGGUUUCGUGUUCAUGAUAAUCGGGGCGGGCUCGAUUAGGCCAUGUAACUUGGCAUUUGGAGCUGAUCAGUUCAAUCCCAAUACAGAAUCAGGAAAGAGAGGAAUUGACAGUUUCUUCAACUGGUAUUUCUUCACUUUAACUUUUGCUCAGAUGGUAUCAGUUACACUGGUGGUUUAUGUUCAAUCUGAUGUGAGUUGGCCUAUUGGAUUGGCAAUUCCUACUAUUUUUAUGCUCGUUUCGUGUUUUCUCUUCUUCAUCGGCACGAAAAUUUAUGUGAGGGUGAAGCCCGAGGGAAGCCCGUUGACGAGUAUAGCCCGAGUACUUGUGGUUGCCUGCCGGAAGAGGCGACUGAAAUUGGCCGAGCAGCAGCCGUGGCGGCACCUCUUCAACUAUACUCCAUUGAAGUCUAUCAAUUCUAAGCUUCCUUAUACACAGCAAUUCAGAUUUCUUGACAGAGCUGCAAUCAUAACUCCAGAAGACCAAAUCAAACCAGAUGGAUCAGUUGCCAAUCCUUGGAGACUCUGCAGCAUGCAGCAAGUAGAAGAAGUAAAAUGUGUACUGCGUGUAAUUCCCAUAUGGGCUGCAGCCAUUCUAUACCAUGUUGGUGAAAAACAGCAAUACUUAGUCUUCCAAGCAAUGCAAUCCAACAGGCACCUUGGCAGUACAAGUUUUCAAAUCCCACCAGCAACUUAUGGUAUAUUCUCCAUGUUAAGUCUCAGCAUUUGGGUACCUAUAUACGACCGACUCGUGGUCCCGUUUCUCCGAAGGGUUACGAAGAAAGAAGGUGGUAUAACCGUCCUUCAACGAAUGGGAAUCGGGAUUUUUUUGACAAUACUCGAGUCUAUCGUGGCCGGCUUGGUCGAACAACAUCGACGAAAUUUGGCGAUAACUAGGCCAACCCCUGGAAUUCAUUCAAAACGAGGGGACGUUUCGCCAAUGUCGGCACUAUGGUUGGUUCCACAACUAUCUUUAGCAGGACUAGCAGAGGCAUUUGCAGCAAUUGGGCAAGUUGAAUUUUUCUAUAAACAGUUCCCAGAAAAUAUGAGAAGUAUUGCUGGAUCAUUUUUCUUUUGUGGGAUGGCUGCAGCAAGUUAUUUGAAUGGUUUCUUAAUUGCAUUAGUGCACAGAACAACUGAAGGAUCAUCAACUGGAAAUUGGCUACCUGAAGAUCUCAACAAAGGAAGAUUGGAUUAUUUUUACUACCUUAUUGCUGUUUUGUGUGGCUUAAAUUUGUGCUACUUUCUAGUUUGUGCCAAGUGGUAUAGGUACAAGGGGACUGGAAGUAGCAUUGCUGCUGUUGAAAUGGAGGCAACAGAAAUUGACAAAGCUUUAGUCUAAGGACUAGAUUAACUCGUUCAAUAAGAUAUGUUGUACCGCAUUGGACGGACGGUAUUAGAAAUGUGUUAGAGUACACGAAACAUUAGCAAAUAAUUUAUGUUUGUAGACUAGUUUUAUGAUAGGGAGCAUCAUAAAUUAUGUUUCUUAUGCUAUCUAUUGAGAUAAGUAACAAUAGUUAGCAUUAAAUAUGAUUAUGUGAAGAAAGUAUGCAUUAGAUGUGCAGAAUGUUGUAAUGUAAUCAGGAUGUUUCCAGUAACAAAAACUCUUACACUGAUG